UGUGUGUUUUUGCAGUGUGUCUUCGGUUGAGACCGACGCGCUUCGUGUCUGAGGAAUUGAUAAGACAUUUCCUGAGUCUGAGCGACAAAAUUCUGCGACAGCGUUUUUCGGUGAGACGGACACCUGCAUCGAUUUGAACUCGGAGCGGUGAUCGGCCACGCAAGCAGGAUUGUUUGAUGGUUGUGGCUGAGGUAGCCCAUGAGCGAGCAAAAUCCGGAUUCAUCAGUUCGCGGCUGACGUUCGCGGAGGAUCUAAACCGCGCUUCCUGCCUUUGACCGGUGCGAAAGGUCGACGCUGCACUUGCUCGCGAGGCUGUGCACGAAUCAAUGAAUUGACGUCAUCGCGGGCGCACCACCACAAGCGGCUGCACUAGUCUCCCUAAUUGCGCUAAUCGCGCGCUGUGAAAAAAAAGGCGGAAAGAUUAAAGAGAAAAGGCGUCGAGCCAGCCUGCGUGGGUCGUCGUCAGUGCAGUGCUAGCCUCAUCAGGAUCCGCCACAACACAUACUUGCUCACCCGCCGACGCUAUGGGAAGGAAAAAGAUCCAGAUUUCUCGGAUAACGGACGAACGAAACCGACAGGUGACGUUCAAUAAGAGGAAGUUCGGCGUUAUGAAAAAGGCGUACGAACUUAGCGUGCUGUGCGAUUGCGAAAUCGCUCUGAUAAUCUUCAGCUCCUCAAACAAGCUUUACCAGUACGCUUCCACUGACAUGGACAAAGUGCUGCUGAAAUACACCGAGUACAACGAGCCGCACGAAUCACUCACCAACAAGGACAUUGUCGAGGCGUUGAACAAGAAGGAACAUAAAAAUGGUGCCAUGGGCAGUCCGGAGAGUCCAGACCCCGAUCACGACUUCUCCUCGCUCACCCCACGUACGGAGGCCAAGUAUUCCAAGAUCAACGAGGAGUUUCAGCAACACGUCAUGAUGCAUCGGAACCAAUUGAAUGGCGCACGGGUCGGCGGGUCUCAGGGAAAUUUCACGCUACCUGUGACCGUGCCUGUGAACGGAGGAUACGGGAAUCAAGGCGAUCAUGCGACUCUGAGCGUUCCCCAUCUACACAGCCAUCAGUCACUUAGCCCACGUCCCGGAUCUUCGGCGGUUGGUACCGGGGCCGUUUUGGGCGGCAUUUCCUGCGGGUUAACUCAGGGUUCAAAUCCGGUGCGCACGGCGUCUCUACGCCUGCUCAUCCCGAAUCAUAAUCCCAUCUCCGGUGCGGGUCCGUCUGCUACUGUUCAUUUGGCAGCGCUGUCCAUAAACAGCGACGCGUUGAUCACUGGUGAUUCCAGCCGUGCGUUGACGAUUACAAACGCACUGCCGGGCACGAGCCACAACUACUCAGCCUUCCCGAUAACCGGAGACGGACCGGGCAGCGGGGCGGCUAACGGACCAUCCGGCGGACAUACUGGCGCAAACGGCGACUACCACGGCAUAACAGCGGACGUCCCGACAUUGGCACUCAACUCCACAACCAUGCUGCACUCGUGGGGAAACUCAAACGUACCGCUGGCCGCCGCACUUGGGAUGUCGUCAGGGGGUUUCGACAGGACGACGAUCCCGCAUUUGAAUUUCUCGUCCGCAUCCUCGCCUCAGGGCAUGGGUGCCUCGUCGCCGCCUUCCCCGAUGGUGGCAAACCUGACUGUGAAAUCGGAGCCGGUUUCCCCGCCUCACGGACUGCAUCGCCACCACCUACACCAGGCAAUUUCGCCGGGCAUGGACACGUUGAGGCCGCAGCAUCACCGGCCCAACUCCGCUGCCGGCGGGCAUUUGUCGCCCUCACCGGUCUCGCUGAGCGCACAAGCCAGUCAAGGUCAUUUGACUCCAGUUCCGAAUCCAUCGCCAGAACCAAUGGGCGGGCACCCAUCUUCCGACUCGUACGAGCAUUUGGCAAAACGACAACGGAUCGAAGGAUGGGCUACCUAAUCUUAUGAGCACUCCGGAGCAACUGCUGUGGCGUCUCCAAGAAUCGCAGAAAAAAAACGAAAAAAAGUUAAAGAAAAUGAGUCGCGAAUUUUUGUUUCAUUAAGGUCGGUCGCUCAAUGUCAGCGCGACUCAUCUUCUGAGAACAUAGGCGAGUGUUGAUCGGUUUGACGUGUGUGAAGGGAUGAAAACCCUGAAAAAAGGGGGGAUGCGCUUGUCAAAUGUUCGUGUUCAGAUAUUUUUUGUUGGAUGCGACACUGGGGAUGUCUCGGCUGCGCAUGGGGCCAGGUUCCUCUUGUUCAUAUUUGCUUUCAUACGUCGUUGUCCUACGGCAGUCGCUGCUGGUGACAGUGGAAAACGCGAAACGUUUCAGCGGUCCUGUAUUCUUCCAAUCAAUGCUUCGUGACCACUGGUUCUGCACAGAAUGCGUAACUCUCCGUUGAGAGACUGCACAGGGAAUUCUGGAACCCAGCUGGAACUUCUGCGCUUUUUUUUCCGCGAUCUCGAAGCUGGUCUUUUUGAAAACCUCGUCCGACUAGCAGGCUGUCAGGUGAAAGAAAGCUCGUCGGAACGACAGUGCUGAUGCGAUCAUUGAAGGGCUUGUCGGACUUUCAGACGCAAGCUUAUUUUUUCGAGUUCAAAUCGAAGGACGUAAUACGGAUCGAAGUGUUGGGAAAAAAUUCUUUCCUGUAAGAAAUGUCGCGUUUGGGUGUCGAGGAUUUGUGUUGUGUCGCUGGCAAUGUUUGAUUUCGUUUUUCACCUUGAAGUUUUUGUACCGAAAUCGAGUUCACUUUGGCAAGUUACGGAACUUGGUCAAGCCAUCUCGACUCACUCUCGGAUUUAAGUCAGUGCAGUGGGGUGAACUCCGGCACAUUUUUUCAAAUUGCUCGGGGAAUUCUAUGUGCUAAAAAUCAACUAAAUGACUCUGGAAAUAUCUUAAAGUCACCGACAGUUUCGUCGUGAGAAAAAAAAUGCAGCAAAACUUAUUCCGAAGAACUCCAGAAUAAGUUGGUAAAGCUAUGCAUUUCGAUAGUAUUGUAAUUUGAAUUCAGAAGUGAGUUCUUCGGUUGACCCUCGAAUGCAGCGACAAAUCACGCAUAAAACCCUGUGAACUCGAAUCAAACUUUUUUCGAAGAAGAACUUUCGAAAGCUGACCAUACUUCUCUCUAGGUGAGUUGCAGCGUUGAAACUACUGCACUGUACUGUCUUUCUUCCUACAAGAUUACCUUCAAGAAAGAGCUGUGCUACUCAUCGAACGCGGUGUGCCACUCAACUUUCAGAUUGACGAUGAUCUUCUCAACUUGCUGAAGUGAACUUAUUUAUUGUGAGGCUGAGAGAUGAGAAAGAUUUUUAUUGCACCGAGGAACCUCGGGACUCAGCUAUGGUCAGUUGGGUGACUGUGCAGCCGGUUGUUGAAUUGUUGACGAGGCCGCUCUCAUGUUUAGUUUGGGUGUGACGCAGCUCAGUCCGUUCCGCUGGAAAUCUCAGUACGGCCUGUGUACAGCAACUGGGCACGGUGCUGCGUGUCAAACCUCCGAGAAGGAUUUGUAAAAAAGAAAAGAGAGCGAAUUAAUGGGUUCUAGGCUGGCAUUUAUCCCGCGGUAGCCUCAUUUUGUGGUUGUAAACAAACUUUUGGUGAACUAGGUGCAGGACUUGUCGGCCUUUCCCGAACUGAGGUUCCUAAAUAAAUUCCUUGUUAAAAAGAAAGCGCUGCCGGCGGCUGGUUGAGAGGAUGAUAUAUUUGGGAAAAAUAAACUAGUGGUUCGAAGAGCUCAAACUGUUCUCCACCGUCCCUGAGCAAGAUGAACUGACGUUGGACCGGAAUUUUAUGGAGAGGAAUAUCGACUUUUAAAGGUUGCUCCCGCAAACCGAAUAUUUUUUGGCGUGGAUGAGAUUUUACGCUGAGGAAGAGUCUAUAUAUGAAGAGAAGUUCUGGGAUUGGGAUCAAGUAUUUCUGCGUGUGUAAAGAGACGGACUAUCACGUUUCAUUUUACGGGCUAUUUUUCGAGCUUGAAUUCGCUGUGAUUUUUCUUUUGUUUAUUGCCUUGCAUAUCAGCGUCACCGAUGGUUUUCUUUCCUUUGCCGCUUCCGGUCCCGCUCCCCUCUUGAGUUUCCUGCAUAUCACAGAGUAAACUAAAAAGUAGAUGCUUCCAACUUGUGAAUGAUGGGAAUGGAAUUUAACAGUGUUACCGGGUUGUUGACUACUCCCUCCUGCGUGAGGAUGUGAGUCAUGCAUGUUUAAAUGUUUGGUAAGUGUUCUGCUUCCCUUGCUGUCGUCCAGUUAUGUGUUGAGGAGAACCUAGCCGAGUUUACGCGUAUCUGGCAUUUCGUCGAACACCGGGUUCAUCCUAGGCGACAGUUUCUGUAAUAACACCGGAUAACAUGCAUGUUAACCACAUCCUGCUUGACGUCCAAUGGUGAGCGAUGUUUGUUGACAGAAUUUAGUUUUCUUGGCUGUUGCUAGACAUAUUUUUCUAUGUUUAGGUGUGGGUUGGAUCUGGGUGACAUUUGAUUCGUGGGUAAAGAAGCGCACUGCAUUUCUUCUUCUGUAGGAUGAUUCUCUUGCUGGUGUCCUCUCAGUGUUGUUGCUGUAACCCACCUUUGAUGGCGCUAAUGAAAAUUUGUGUCGUGUGCAGAAGAUCAGGGUGCAUCCAACAUGCUCGUACGAUUUGCUUUUGCUGUUGGUUUCCCGCCUAACUCGUCUCGGGCCUCCCCUCACCGACGCGCUAUGGCCAGUGGGAACUGUCACUUUGAUUCCUUUCUGUGGUUGGGCUGUUUGCAGGCCGAGGGAUUUUCUUGUACUGAUGUUUACAACAAUGUUUUUUUCUGUUGUUAUUACGACGCUGCCUCGGAAGGCCAGGCAAGGCUUUUGACAUUUCUACUCAAAGUGGUCUCACGCAUAUGUUUGGUUUUCUCUGUUGGGCCCCCGGGCUCGGAGCACCACGUGUCAUUCUGUGGCGCCAAUGCAUCCAAUGUUUUUUCGAGAGGUCGGGAACGAGAAAAUGACGGCGUGAGGCGACAAGUUGUUUUUGGUGUGUAGCUUGAAUUUUGGCAAUUGAAUGUGGAGAGGGAAACAUAAAGAGAAACUUCAUAUAA